UUUACUUUAAGCCACCACUUCGUCCUCCUGCAGAAUCUAGGGUUCCUCUUUCUUCUCUCUUCGAAAAACCCUAGACACCAAACAAAAAUCCUCCUUUUUCCCAAAAAAAAUAAAUGGGAAGUCCAGAAACAUCACGAGAACCAUGUCCAGAUCGAAUCUUAGAUGAUAUCGGCAGUGCUUUUGGUAUGGGAGCUGUUGGUGGCACAGCUUUCCAUUUCUUAAAAGGAAUCUAUAACUCACCCAAAGGAGAAAGAUUUGUUGGAGGUACACAAGCUGUUCGUAUGAAUGCACCAAGAGUUGGUGGUAGUUUUGCAGUAUGGGGUGGUUUAUUCUCCGCGUUUGAUUGUACAAUGGUUUAUGCUCGGCAAAAAGAAGAUCCAUGGAAUUCGAUUAUUGCUGGUGCAGCUACUGGUGGGUUUUUACAGAUGAGACAAGGGCUUGGUCCUGCUUCAAGAUCUGCUUUAUUUGGUGGUGUGCUUCUUGCUAUGAUUGAAGGAGCUGGGAUUAUGUUAAAUAGGGUUUCGAGCCCUCCUGCUAAUAUGCCUGUGGAAGAGGGGAUGCCACAGGGGGUUCCUCCUGGGUUUCCUAUGGGGCAAUUACCUGGUCAGCAACAGCCACAGAUGGGUUCUGCUAUGUCUGUUGAGGAUUCUAGUUCGCGUUCGUCUUCGUCGUGGCUUGGUGGAUUGUUUGGUGGUGAGAAGAAGAAGGGUGAGAAGAGUGGGGGGAGUAAGACUGAGAUUUUGGAGAGUUUCGAUACACCCAGUAUUCCGAUUCCGUCGUUUGAUUAUAAAUGAAGAGUGAAUUGUGGUGGUUCAAGAUUCAGGCCCAUCAUGAACCGGUGAAUUUCUUUCCUCUUGGACGAUAAAUGGCUUUUGGUUUGAUGGUAAAAACUCGACGGGUAAUUUAUUAGUAGUUAAGGGAGAAGAAUUGUAUAGCUUGCUUAUGCAAGGUUCUCAGGUAUCUGCUGAAUCAAAUGGAGUGUUAUAUGCUUCAUCUUAACUUAAUAGUCAAUUUUCCUUUUCUCCGUCUCUUUUUCUACUCAUAGUUACUGAGAUGCUAUUUUGGAAUAUCAAUUCUACUUAUAAGCAAUAUAUUUUUUACAUCUUCACCUUUAUAUGUUAUGGUGGUGUAUAAUAAUAAAUACAUGAAAGAACACAAUGCUUCAGACAUUUUUGAGUUUAAACAUUUGUCUGAAAGAAAAAGAAACCGCU